AACAAUGCGUCCGUCUUUACUUGUCUGUCUAUCUGUUAAACAAAUCUUGAAGUUGCGUAUGUGUAUGAGUUGUUAAAACCAUUAUGCCAAAAAUAUGGUUCAGAGAGCAAUCCAGACUUGUUUUCUUUUAUCAGGAAAAUCCAUCUAGUCUGGCUGUGUGCCGUUUGAAUAAAUGAUGUCGUCAUAUAAAGAGCGUUUGGAUUUAAAAGGAUUAGAUGAUGAGGAUGAUUUAAGUGAUGAUGAAGUAUUCACCAGGGGUGGUAAGUCCAUACCUCUGGAGGAAAAUGGAGUAAACAAGCCUUUGAUGGCUCCUCGACUACGAAAUAAAGAAACCUUGCAAACUAAAGUUAGAAAAGUACCCUCUCUCCGGGUUAUUUGGGGUCCCAUAUUUUACUUUUUCAUAACAUUAUCUUCUAUUAUUAGUAUUAUUUGUCUAAUUGUUUUUCUCAUCAAUAUCUUCAUGAAAAAUAUUUCACCAAAUGAUCAUCAUACUCGAUUAUUCAAAGAUAAAAAGUUGGUGCCUUGCACAAAAAUUAUCACUAAAGACAUAUGGGUGAAAACAUUUCCCAUGCUUACUACUGAAACUGCCAUCAGAUUAAAUGAUGUGAAUAUGGAUGGGGUAGAUGACAUCAUCAUGGGAUUUGGGACUGGUGCCGAUGCAUUUUAUUAUCCGAAGGUUGUUUGUCGUGUUUACUUUCCUAAAUCUAAAGAUGAGUGUGGAGGAGGUAUUCUUGCCUUAGAUGGUAAAACUGGCAAUGAGAUAUGGAGACAUUAUUCUGCCCAUGAAAUGUUUGCCAUCAAUUGUAACACUGAUUUAAAUGGCGAUGGUGUCAAAGAUUGUCUAGGUGGUGGACGUAUGGCUGGGUUCAGUGCUAUUAGUGGAGUGGAUGGAUUUCUUUUAUGGGAAUUUGAUGAUCAAAAUGCAAAAAUUGAUGCAUCCAAUGUGUAUACACCUCAAUAUGUGAAUGAUAUUGAUUUUGAUGGUGUUCCAGAUCUUGUAGUCAUACAUGGCGGAGACCCUUUAAAAGAACCAGGUAGUGAAACUAGAUUGGUUGGAAGACUGUUGAUCGUGAGUGGUAAGACUGGGCGAGUAUUGAAAUGGAUGCAGGUUCCUGAUGAGAAGGAAAGUUAUUACUCACCACAAAUUUUGACUCAUCCUGAUGGUACAAAUUUAGUCUUAUUUGGAACUGGUGGAGAAACUCAUGGAGGAUCAUUGUGGGUUAUAAAAUUAAAGCACCUUCUUACUGGUGAAAUAAAUCUGGCUGAAAAAAUAUACACAGAUAAUUUCAAAGGUAUCAUGACACCCCCAGUUCUUGUCGAUUUGACUGGGGAUGGAAUUUCUGAUAUUGUCAUGGCUAUAUUCAACUCUACUGUCAUAGCGUUUGAUGGUCUGACAUUUGCUCACUUGUGGGAAUACCAUCAGCCAUCUUCAGAAUCAUACAGCACACCUGGUGUUGGUUAUUAUAAUAAUGACUCUAUACCAGACUUCAUUAUAAAUUAUCAGACAGGUCCAGGUUUCCCCAUCUAUUAUUAUACUCAGACAACCAUAUUAGAUGGACGAAGUGGAAAACCACUUUUGCCAAAACCUAUUCAGAUGGUUGUUGGUACUCAAACAUCACCACUUGUCAUCAGCGUACAAGGAAAAGGGAAUGAUAUCUUUCUCUACUGGGUAUCUGACUGCCAUGGUUCUUCAAAUAAGUCUGAUCUUAAAUUUGAUUUUGUAAAAGGAACAAGUGUUCAUGAUCAGUCUAGGGCUGAUUUCUGUAAGUUACGCUUUAAAGAAAAACUUUAUACUAGAAUGUAUGCAAUGACAAGUCACACAGAUAUACCUGGCUCAGUGAUUUAUGAUUCAGAUGCCAGAAAAGCAACUGAAUAUAGUAAUCCAAUUAACUACUCAGCUUUAGGCUUAGAAUUUUUGUAUAGACAUCCAGGUUAUCAAGAAGAUUAUCAGCUGUAUUUAGAUAAUGAAAAUCCUGAUAUGGAAAAUCGCAUUUUGCAACAAGAUUUCCCUGAUCUCUCAAAUCGAUAUGAUGAUGUACAAUUGGAAAAAAUUUUAAACAGUGAGAGAGCUGCAGGAAGGAAAUAUUCAGAUAAUGAAUAUAGCUUACCAGAUUAUCAGAAUGAUGGUCAGAUUUAUCCAGCGUAUUACAUGCAGCAGCCAAAUGUAGGAAAUGAACGUUUUUAUCCCGUGGAAUAUAAACAAUUACCUGAGCGUUAUGCUGUUGUGAAAAAACCUAGACCAAAACCAAAAAAUCCUUGGAUAAGUCAGUUUUUACUUCCAAACAAAGAAAUGGUCAAAUCAGCUCCUCACAAAUCUCUUAGUAACAGUGGGAAGAUAAGAAAAAAAAGGACCAACUUCCAUUUUCUAAAAAGAAGUGAUGCAAAAGGUUUACGCAGAAAUCGUCGUCAUGUUGGUCCCCACGAUGGGGGUGGCAUACAGCGAGUCAUCUCUACUGGAACUUUAGCUCCAUCUAAAGAAGGAAUUGGUAUUGACAUAAUUUAUGCAACAUUUUGGUUUUACCCCUCUGAAGUUCUGAGUCUUCUUCCCAAAGAUAAAGAAUGCAUUGAAUCUGGAAUGAAACAAGAAGAAGAAAGAUUUGGACCCACAAUGCAGGAAAGAAAUCUGACAGUAGUUGAGUAUUAGACUGAUAACUGGCAACUGCAGAAAAUAUAAAUAAUUCUUAAAUUUGUAUUGACUUUCUUUCUGCAUCUUUACAUACCUUAUUUAUGCUGCCACAUGUCCAAAAAAUGUGUAUAACUUUAGAGUAUGAAUUCUAAAAACAUUAUUUGUGGAUAUAAAAAUAUGUAAGCAUCAUUUGAAUAUCUGCUUGCCAGUUUGCUUACUUAAUUGAAAGUUUGUUUUUAAUGAAUAUCUAACUGUUUAAUUUUUUUCAAGAAAAACAUCAAGAGAUUGCAAAAAGUUAUGUUUUCUACAACUGCUGUUUGAUAUUAACUGUGAUAAGAUAUUGAUAUAUCUGUUGUACUUUCUGAAUCAGUUUGGUAGAUAUUGAGUGCUUUUUACUUUUUCAUGCAAUCUUAUGGACAUAAUUUUCUUUAUCCUAUUGACUAUUUUUCAAUUUCUUAAAAGUACUGUAUAAAGAACAACCAGCUCAGGCAUAUUCAUGCAAGCCCAAGCAAAUGCCAAACAUACACAGUUCACGACCAAGAUGAUGUCUGUUCUAAGUUGAGCCUUGCAGAAUUGAAUGUCACCAAAAUGGAAAAUUUUAAUGCCCUUCCCUCAAAAAAGAGAGAGAAAAUAAUAAAAUAGAUGCAUAAAAGAGCAUAAGAAAUUACAGAUGUAGGUUUUGCAGAGUUUCACAACAACGGUAUUACAAAUUGAAUAUAAUCAUCAUUAUCUAUCAAUAUCAUUAACUUUAGUUGCCUACAUGUGCAAUACUAUCACUCAUAUUUUUAAGCAGAAUAAUAUCAUGCUUGUUAUAGAUAUUAACUUAGCAUCCAGAUAUAUACUAAAGCAAAUUAGAAAUCAACUUAAAAGCAUAUUAAAAACAAAUUUGAACAUACAUAGGAAGUGAUACAAUACAUGUGAAAUAAAGAAAAAUUUAUACUAAAUGCAUAAUAAUAAAUACACAAAAUAUAAUGUAUAAUAACAUAUAACUACCCACUUAAUAACACAAAGUAUGCAUAUUGCGCUAAGUACAUAAUAUUGCAUAAAGCAAAAUACAUAAUAAUACUUAUUUAGUAAUACAAAAUACCUAAAAUUUGAUAAAUGGUGCAUGAGGAUAUAUACUUUUCUUAACCGUGUGACUGCUACGCGGCGCAAAAGCGCUGCGUUCAUUUGUCUCGAAAACCGCGACGCAGUUAGUUAUUUUAGAAUGCACUCGUGUUACAAAGUACGCGUGAGGUCAGACUACGUACGUUCACACCCACGGAGCAACAAAGGCACACUGAAACUCGCAGCGCAGACGAUUUUUGAGACAAAUGAACGCAGCAUUUUGCGCCGUGUAGCAGUCAAACGAUAAAGGUCAGAGUUUUUACUGCUGAUAAAAAUUUUCCCAUAUGUGGAAGCACAGUAAUUAAUAGCUUUUCCAAUCCUAAGCCAUGCAACUUUUAUUAGAGAGCAUAUUCUCUGUCCAAGCCAUCCAGUAUUCAGGAGCUGGUAAUUUGAGAUGAUGGUCCCAAAUAAAGGUCAUUCAAAUAUGUAGUGAUCAAGGUUGCUAAGACCGCUGCAGUCGCAGAUGUCUGUGCUAGAAACUGAGUAAGAGUUGCUUUAUCAGUUUGCAAUUCUUUUUGGCAUCAGCAUGGGUAUGCCUGCCUGUCACAGCUGAAUCUCACCAUUCCUGCCACAGCGCAAGAAGAUACUUGUGGGUGGACUGUUUCAGAUGUGACUCGAAGUAAAGUGCUUGAGAUGGGAUGGAUCAUUAUCUGCAUUCUUCAUAAUGAUAUGUCUGCUCGUUUCCUGGAAUACCAGUGUAAGCCAGCACCCAGCACAGAGUAGGCUCUUAGAGGCUGGACACUCAAGCAGUACUUUAUAUAUCUGGAUAACUAAAGGACUUUGGCUUUGCCUUGCUGAGAUUGCGGCAAGACUAGAAGCAGAGUUACUGUAUAUCACCACUGCAUUCUAGGGACUGCACUGUGAAUAGGCAGUCACGUCUGUUACUGUUAUUAAUUCUGUUUGGUACACUGAAUUAUUGCAUCUCAUUCUCCAUGCGCAAGAAUGUACAGUUUAAUAUCUGUCCUGAUGGCAAAAGCUGCAACUUGAACCUGUAUCUCUACAUGAAGAAUUAUAUCAAGAAAACUAGCUUGAUUCAACACUAUUUGAUUUUUUUUCUUU